AUGACUACAUCGGUAUCAUCAACAACAACAUCAAUACCAACUACUUCUAUACCAAUGACAACAUCUUCUUCUGAACCACCAUCAUCUUCGGAUUCACCAUCCUCUGAAUCAUCAUUAUCAUCUGAAUCACCUUCAUCUGAUUCAGAAUCUAUGUCCUCAGAGUCAAGGGGACCUUCAUCUUCAGAGUCUAUUUCAUCUUCAUCUUCUGUGGAAUCAAGCGAACCAGGUCCAACACCAAAACCAACUUCGACUCCCACUCCUCAAUCAUCAGAGCAACCAACAGAACCACCUACGGAGCCACCAACAGAACCACCAACAGAGCCUCCAACUGAGCCUCCCACUGAGCCCCCUACUGAGCCUCCAACCACCAAACCAACUGAGCCUCCUACUGAGCCUCCAACGACAAAACCAACUGAGCCUCCAACAGAGCCUCCAACUACAAAACCAACUGAGCCUCCAACUGAGCCUCCAACGACCAAACCAACUGAGCCUCCAACUGAGCCUCCAACUACAAAACCAACAGAGCCACCAACUGAACCUCCAACUACCAAACCAACUGAGCCCCCUACCGAGCCACCUACCGAACCACCAACUGAGUCACCAACUCCUGCACCAACACCAGUCAAAUUCGAUUCUUACUUUGCCCAGUCACAUGUGCUGCCGCCUCAAGGAAAGCCUUGGAAUCUCAAGGGCCAGAAGAAUGAGCUUCAUCUUACCGGCGAUCGUGAUACACUUCUGAUUGUCAAGGCCAAGCCAGUCCCACCUACCACAACAGGUAGAAAGUUCGUUCGCAACGCACAUGCAGACGACUUUACCGCCCCGCCCAAGGUCGACAUCUACACACCAACGGCUGCAUGGACGGUCAACAACCCAAGCGCUGUGGCAUUGGCAACAACACUCACAACCAACCCACCAGCACUCCUCCCGCCAACCGAGUCCAAAGGCGACCCGGUCUUCACCAAUGCCUACUCAGUGCGCAUACCUCGCAAAUUCAUCAAGCCUGGCAUGAAGCUGGUGGUCGAUGGUGACGAGACCCAGGCCAUCUUCCCCAAGGUCGGCAUGGACAGCACGAUGAAGUUGUUCAUUCUACCAAUCUAUUUGCUUGGUGCCAGGAAGGGCGAGGAGAUACCACUGAGCAGGCUGUACCCUGAGGAGGUCAACAAGAAGGCAAUGUUCCAGGAGUGGCCUUGGGCAAAUCUCGAUGUUGGCAUGCAUCCAAUGUGUGACCUGACCUCGAAACAAAUAGCCAUUCAACCAAUCAACGGCAAACAGGCAUAUAAGAUGGAUAUGACCAAGACAUUAUCAGAUCCAACGAUACUGAUGCCAAGUCUCCUUCCACUUCUAGCUGCCCUACAAAUUGCAAGUUGUGAUCAGUUGACUAACAUGUUGUACUACGCUCCAUUGAUUGUCUUGGAUGGACCAACUGGAAACAAUAUCAAUAUCCCAUCAGGACUUGGUGGCAACAGAGUUGGAACAGGUGAUGCAGAAUACACCGGUAUAUUCAUCCAAGAGAUGGGUCGUGCCAUGGGUGCCCGUAAUGCUGGCGAUGCCUAUAAUGAUGGAACAUAUCCUUAUGUGGAUGGAAGUUUGUUUGGCUCGGUCAAUGGAUUCGAUAUGGAUCACAAUGAGUUCUUGACCAUCUUUAUACCUUCAAACUCAACAGACUAUGCCACAUGCAAGACUACUAAUGUGUUGAAGGAUGGCAAGUGUGUGAAACAGGAUCCAAUGAAGGAUGGAGCAGGUGAUCAAUCAAAAGGCUACAUCUACACAAUGUUCUCAGACUUUAACCAAGGCCUGUUCCAACGUUAUAUCGAAGGCACAUUAAUAUACCGCCCUGAUAGAGAUGUCUAUGAGUCAUGGGAUACGACCAACCUGGCAUGGGUCGAGCGUCCAAAGGUACUCACUCGCGACAAGGGCCUUAAUGGUAUCAAUGAUGGCUUGCCCAAACAACGCAAUGCCUCCAUCUACACAGUGGUCAUGCAGUACAACUCUGCUGUUGGAUCGACCUGUGGCGCGGACUGUUCCAUCGUCUAUCCACUGUCCCAAAAGCACUUUGGAAACAUGGCCGACUACAUCGAUCCCAACGACCCUGUUCAGCUCAAGAGGAUCACUGAUCCCUCUGGCGACCUGUCGCAGUUCUGCUACGCGUCUGGCUGUGACUACACGAUACGCGUCACCUAUGCCGAUGGCACCAAGUGGACCAAGCUCCAGCAAAAGGGACAACGUGUAGCUUCCCAGCCAACAUCAGACACACUUGAUCCCGAGACACAAGACCCAACCAAACCCAAGAGUUUGGUAUGGUUUGUUGAGAACUUCCCUGCCUUUGUCAAUGGGGACAUACUUCCAACAUUAGUCGAGCUACUCUGGACACCCAAAGGAUACUCGGGUCCAACGCCAUCCAAUGCCAAAGUACUUCUAAGUCUUCCUGUAUAA